GGAGGAGGAGAUACGUGUAGCUCGCUUAGCAUUAGCAUCGGGUAGCUAGGCGGAGGCGCAACAAGCCCAGCGCAGCCCCAAAAAUAAGUGCAAUAUCGCGCUUCGUUUGUGGAUUCGGUGGACGUCGUUAGUAGUUUUUAUCCCCGCGGCGGCACUCUAACUUGGACGAAGUCACAAAACUGGUGAUGGUGCGGUUGUGUUUGCAGCGCAAACCGGCUGUGUGAAGAUGGUUUUAAGAGAAGCGGUGCUGGAGGACUCAGGAACACUCCACUGGCCUGCAGCAGACUCAUAAACACACCGAAGAUUUACACACAGAGCAACGUGCCGUGAGAAAGGACACGCACGGACACUAAUCACUGAAAGGUUGACAAAACUUUCAAGGUCCUCCAGUGGUGUGAGAUUACUUUUUCUUGCCUGUGACCCCCUCUACAUCACCAAAAUGCCAAGUUCAACGAUUCGACGCCAGAUGAAGAACAUGGUGAACAAUUACUCUGAUGCAGAGAAGAAGGUCAGAGAGGCCACUUCCAACGACCCCUGGGGUCCAUCCUCUUCCCUCAUGUCAGAGAUUGCAGAUCUUACGUACAACGUGGUGGCCUUUAGCGAAAUCAUGAGUAUGAUAUGGAAGCGGCUCAACGACCACGGGAAAAACUGGCGUCACGUCUACAAAGCUCUCACUCUACUUGAUUACCUGAUCAAGACGGGUUCGGAGCGAGUAGCCCUGCAAUGCAAGGAGAAUAUCUUUGCCAUCCAGACCCUAAAGGAUUUCCAGUACAUCGACCGAGAUGGAAAGGACCAGGGCAUAAACGUGCGGGAGAAGAGCAAGCAGCUUGUCGUUCUCCUCAAAGAUGAGGACCGUCUCAAAGGCGAGAGGUCUCAGGCUUUGAAGACAAAGGAGAGAAUGGCCCAAGUCUCCACUGGGAGCAGUCAGAUGGGUUUUGGACGGGGUUCAUCUCAGCCCAACCUUUCUACUUCCUACAGCGAAGAGUAUGGCCGCUCAGAGGGGUCUCCUGCAUCCUACCAUGGCUCCACAUCUCCCAAUGCGGGUUCAGAGCUGGAGCAAGCCAGGCCCCAGACAAGUGGCGAAGAAGAGCUUCAGCUGCAGCUGGCUCUGGCCAUGAGCCGGGAAGCUGCAGAGCAGGAGGAGCGUAUACGGAGGGGGGAUGAUCUGCGACUACAAAUGGCCUUAGAGGAGAGCAAGAAGGAAGGUCCUGGCUCUGCAAAACUACCCAAGAAGAAGAAAGAGCCACAGUCUUCCUUGAUGGACCUUAUGGAUGUUCCUGAGCCAGGUGCCAGUGGAGACCCCUGGGGUGGAGUCAGGCCUGCGCCUGGCGCAGAAUCGGUUGAUCCCUGGCAGCCAUAUGUUUCUCAGCCCAAGCCUGCUGCCCCAGUGGACCCGUGGGGAGCCCCUCCCUCUGUACCGCCGAUCAAGAGCAGUGAUCCCUGGGCGUCAAACUCAGCCCCCGCCUCUGAUCCCUGGGGAUCUGCCGCCACUCGACCCAAGGCCUCGAACACAGGUAGUUUUGACCUGUUCACGUCCUCCAAUGGUACGUCUAAAGAGGACUUCUCAGAGUUUGACAGCCUGCGCUCCUCCUCCUCUGUCCCUACUGGUGAUGGUGGCAUUCCUUCUUCCGUUCCAUCCCAAGCAAGCCUCGCCAGCAGCGGCAGCCUGGACCUCUUUGACCCGCUGCCCACAUCUGCUUCCACCACCACAAACCCAACGAGAAAAACUCCAGAGUCUUUCCUGGGUCCCAACGCUGCCCUGGUCAACCUGGAUUCUCUGGUGACCAAACCGGCCCAGCCGGCGCCAGUGGUCAACCCUUUCUUGGCUUCCACAGGUGGCGUCGCUCCAGCUCCAGCCGCUCAUGCCAAUCCAUUCCAGGUGAGCCAGCCGGCGCCCCCCACCCUCAACCAGAUGAGGGUGAGCCCCAUGCCGUCUGGCUUCGCCAUGGGGGAGCCCAUGCCCCUGGCCACCAUGGCGGCCCAGCCCAUCGCCAUGGUCCCCUUGGCAGGGAUGGCUCCCAUGGGGCACCUGGUGCCCGGGAUGGGCGCGGCCUCCAUGUCCAUGCCUCAGCCGCUGAUGAGCAUGCCCCCCACGGCCGGGCAGCAGGCCAGCGGAACCACCAACCCCUUCCUUUUGUGAGGGCUGCUGGGCCUCUCUUCCAGACCAAAAGGUGUGUCCACCUUAACCCCGUGACCCCGCCCGACCAGCCCGUCUCCGACGCUACAAGCUGCCUAUCCUGUGUGAUGAUUGUACCAGCAGAGAUGCUGCAGUGACGGGACUGACAGUACUAACGCCAGGAUCUUAUCUCUCUCUUCACUAGAGCUAAUCUUUUUUAAGCCCUUUUAGCAAGCGUGUGUGUGAGAGCGUGUGUGUGUGUUAGUCCUUUUACACUGUGUCUGUUCCAGUGGAGUGAAGCGCCCACUGUGGAUGCUAGGUGUGUUUCCACUCCACUGCCUGUGUGCGUGUUACUAAGCAGGGAUUUUGCACAUGACUUGGGCUUCUUCUCUCUCUGUUGGGCUCACCGUGACACCUUAGCGCAGGGGAGGACUGAUGGUGCUGCAGCCACCCUCAGCACCACAAACCCAACGUCUGACCUGUUGUCAGACCAGCGUGACUCUUCUCUGACGGCAUCAGUAUUGUGAUACAGUGUUGUCUGCGUCAGGGGUCAAAGGGAAGGUCAGGAAAGGGCCAAAUUAAAGCAACACUCAUUGAUCAUCUAGAAUCUCUAAAUCUCAUCCCCACCCCACGUGAGCGCUGUCACACUCCUGGACUGGUUCCAGUCCCACCAGUGGAACAAACAGCUGCAACCUUUGUUUUUGUUUUUCAUUAUUUACUCGUUGUAUGUAAAUCCAUAGCCGUUCUGAAGGCGUGUGCUAGUGAACCCACGUGUCACCUUGACCCUACUUUGUGUCUUAGGUUCACCGAAGUCCUGGCAAUUUGCUCAUCUGUUCUUAUCGCUCUGGGACUCUGUGUUACUUUUAAAGUGUAUCUUUCAUAGCUAUGUUUUGUUCCUGGAGCGGAAGUGGAGCAGUUACAUCUGGUGGCGCUGGCGUUUGAGAGACUCUACCCAGCAGCACGGGACGUUUCUCACUCAGCUGCUCCACACACACAUGUUCAUGAACCCAAUUGGAACCAUCUAAAAUUGACAGGACAAAAUGAAACCUCACAUGGAAUAUACUUGCUCUGGAGCUGCUGAGGUGACCUCACAUGGCAGACGCCCGUUUGUUCAUUCAUGUACUAGAGCUCUCAAGCUGAUGAAGCUCCUUGCGAGGCAGUGGCAACUUGUGGCGAGCAAACGGGCUUUCUCCCCACUAGAAAUAUGCAACUGACUGUAAGUGUUGAACAAGGAACAACGUAUUGUUACUUCAGACAUCACCUGCCUUGAUCGUAGCUGAAGCAUUUAAAGAACAAACCCUGAGCUGUUGUGCUUCUUUGUAUCGCUUUUAUCACCAGAACUAACUCUGUACAUCCUUCUGGGAGCAGGCUGCUUUUUUUUUUAAAAUCAGAGACCAUCUGUUGGCAUUAUAACUGUAUAAAAUAAUUUAUCAUUUGUACUAUUGUAACAUACUGUUCUUCUGUAUACCUUUUGUUAUCUGUGUAAUGGGUUGUUUUGUAGGCAAAGUCACCGUGGUAUUUUAAUGGCAUCUUUUAACAAAUGGAACGCGGCAGGACACCCCCUGCUGGAGGACAAGUGUAGCUGCAUUUGGUUCUAAAUAAAAGUUAUCACUACAGCUGAGGCUCGUGGUCCUU